AUGACAGCAGAAGGUGAGAAGGUGGUGGUGGUGGUGGUGAUCCAGGAUGCAUCAAGGGAACUAAGUCUAAGCACAAUCAAAUGGCCUCUACAAGGCUUAUCACUUAAGUCUGGAGACAAGCUUAUACUUCUGGGAAUUCUUCACCAGGUUAAUAAUCCUAGUACGUUUUCUUUCGCGAGUGCUGGAAAACUCAUGGGGUUUAGAAUCAAGGUGGAUCCAAGGUCAAUGUUUGGAACAAACAAAAAGAUCAUUGCAGAAGAAUUGGAUAGAAAGAUAGAAGAGUACCAAGGGAAUGCUCUGAUAGAGAAAAUAUCUGAACACUGCAAAAAGGAGCAGGCAAAGACAUUAGAACUUGACAGCUCAAAACAGAUUCUAGUACCAACAACUAGGUCAAUUGACGGUCUGAGAGAUUUUGUUUCGAACCUGAGCAGUUCUUAUGCAGACUUUUCUCAGAUAAAAUUCCAGAUAGAAAUGCGAGCAGGUUCUCCUUUGAAGGAAAUUGCCCUAAAAGCUGCUAAAAGAUAUCAUGCAACAUGGAUAGUACUUGACAGGCACAUGAAGAAUGACCAGAGGUACAUUGUGGAGAACAUAUCAUGUAAUAUCGUAAGGAUGACGAAAGAUAACAAUGUUGAAGAGUUAAGAGGACCAAAUGUAAAGGAAAACUUCAAACCGCCUGCUCCAAGGACAAGUAAUGUAACAUAUGCUGAAAUGAUUCCUGCAAUUAGCCCCGCUGAAGUACAAUCUUCUCGAAAAUGUCAUUUUGUUUCAGAAUCUCAAAGUGUUCAGAGCAGCAGCUCAGUGAAAGAACAAGGAGGUGAAGGUAGUGGAAAGCAUCCAUGGCAUAGUAAUAGGAAAUCCACCUCACAUUCAGUUUCCACUUUAAGUCGUCUAAGUAAUAGAGCAUCAACUUCGGGUUAUAAUGAGUCAAAGUCCUCUUCCUCACAUUUUCAUGAUGAAGAAUACAGUACAACUACAGGAAGGGAAACAGUAGGAGAGCAUUCACCAGCAUCCAUCAAUGAAAGUGGAGACCAGAAAGACCUACAUAGUCAGGAUGAAAAUCAGAAGCAACAUAACCGCCAUGAUGAUUGGAUGGGGGGAAAUACAGGGGAUCAGGUAUUCAAAAACUUCAUUUGCUCGAUAUGCAAUAAUAGAAGGCCAAAGGUAGGGUGGACGAGAGACUUCAGUUUUGCAGAACUCCAAGCUGCUACAGAGGGGUUCCAUGUAAAGAACUUCCUAUCAGAAGGUGGAUUUGGCUCUGUGUACAGGGGAGAGAUAAAUGGGCUGAAGAUUGCGGUAAAGCAACACAUGUAUAACGCAAGUCUCCAGGGAGAGAAAGAAUUCAAGUCUGAAGUUCAGGUGCUUCGGAAAGCUAGACAUGAAAAUUUGGUCAUGCUGGUAGGAUCUUGCUCUGAAGGAAACCAUAGGCUACUUGUCUAUGAAUAUGUCUGCAAUGGUUCACUGGACCUGCAUUUAUCAAGUAAAGCCUAAUUCUAAAGAGACUUCAGUUCUACUUCUCUUUCACAAUGAAUUAGCAUUUAGCUAAGAUCUGAUAUUGUUUUUUCUCUCAAUCUUGGCAUCCCAAAAUAUUAAGUUCUAAUCAAUGUAUAUUAUUUCUUGCUAAAUUGAUCGCAGAGCACACGAGACGACCUCUUAGUUGGGAAAAGAGGGUGAAGAUAGCACUGGGAACUGCUAGGGGCUUAAAAUAUUUGCACGACAACAAUAUCAUCCACAGAGACAUGAGACCAAACAACAUCCUAGUAACCCAUGAAUUUGAACCACUGGUAAGAACUAAACUACUUUCACUAAUACAUAUGGUAAUUAUG